GCCGGGGAAAACCCCCGGCAGCUCCCGGCCGGGGCAUAAAAGCAGGGGCAGGCAGCGGGGCGGCUCAGGCGGCUCCGUGGCACCUCCGAUGGCAUUCCGAGCCAUGAGCCCGCACCUCCUGCUCCUGCUCCUAGCCGCCAGCGCCGCGCUCUGCCGGGGUGCGCCGCUGGCCGGGGAGCUGCGGUGCCGCUGCGUGCAGGCUGUGACGGAGGUGAUCCCCCCGCGGCGCCUGGCCGGGCUGGAGCUCGUCCCCGCGGGGCCGCACUGCGCCGUGCCCGAGGUGAUAGCCACAACGAAGGCGGGCAGGACGCUGUGCCUGAGCCCCUCGGCGCCCUGGGUGCAGCUGCUGGUCACCAGGCUCCUCCGCAGCUCGGAGCAGAAUUGAUGGGGAAGGGGCUCCUGCGACGCUCUCGUCUUCAGCCCUCAGUGGACGACGCCUCCUGAGACUCCGUGCCUGGGCUUGGCACCUUUAUUUAACGCCGUGGUGUCUGGAUGCACUUAAAGCCCAGUUUUAAGUGUCCUACUCAUUUUCUGCCUUUAAAUCCUUGCUGAGAGGCGUAGCGCGAGGAGACUUCCAGCAACCACCCUGCCGCCUUUCAACGCGUGAACUUUGCCAGGCUGCAGCAUCGGCACGCUGCUGGUGGGGCUCGGGAUGUCCGCAGGCAGCGAUGUCCACCUUAGACAUGUGCUGGCAACCUUAGACAAGUGAUGUCUUUUUUGUAUGGCAUAAUGUCAUAAUUUAUAUUGAGUCACGUAAAACUGACUGUUGCACUGGUGGAUGUUUACUUGCUAUAGUCCAAAUCCCCUUUGGGAACUGUACAUAUGUAUUUUUCCCCACUCUUCAUAGCUCUGUCCAGCAGAAAGUGAAAACGAAGGGGGAAUCUAAGCCUCUUUGUAAUUACUGGUAAUUAACUGUCUUCACAGUGAGACCAUACGGGUUCUAUUCAUCUGCUAACUGUAACCUUUCCAAAUGUCAAAGAAACUCUGCUAGUUAUUUAUGUGUAAUUAAUGUGUAGGUACAUCAUCGUACAACCAGACUGAUUGUAAUAAGUGCCUGUAACUUAAACGGAAGAUUUUUCUAAUGUGUUGAUUGCUACAUAUGUUUCCUAAUUAAGAGUUUUUCCUUUGUUAUUUAUGGCCUUUUGCUUGUAAAAAAUAAAUAUUUAGUUAAAUA